AUGUCUGCACUAAAAUUCCUUCUUGUUUGUGUUAUCCUCAUCUUUGUUUUGAGCGUGACAUUUGAAUCUCAGUUUGGAGGCUUGCUCGGUGGAGUUGCCACAUCAUGGCUUCUAGGUCCUGCAUGGAAGUACGAAUCUCCCUCCAGUGAUGGUCGAAGAAUCUUUUCUGACAAGGCUCCUAUUUUCUACCUCAUCAACGCAAAGAAGAGAUCCUAG